AUGGGUCCCUGUACGGCCUCCCAUUGCUGCCUGACUUCAUCGCCAGACUCUGCCAUGUGCCACUUUCAGGUCUCCUCACACUGCUGGUGGUUCCAUUUUGUCAUAGGGUGCUGUAUGGCCUCCCAUUGCUGCUGCCCAUCCACCGCUCACACUGUGGCUCCACACUCUGGUUUUGGCCCCGUGACUGCCCAAAUUGAGUGAAGUGGUUGCGGUGAUUCUAAGAUCGACGGCACUCUCUAUCUGCAUGUCAUACUGACUGACAGUAUUAUUUCUCUUCCCCAGCAGACUCCAAGGCAUUUAAAUUAAAGGUAACAGUGUUCUGCACUAAUAUAA